AUGACGGAGCCGGUGAACACCGCUUUCGACUCGAUGAAAUGCAUCGUGCAGACCGUUUCGUUCGUGACUUCCUUGGCUUCCAACACACUUCUCAUCUACUUGAUAUUGACGAAAUCGCCGAAAAAGCUCGGGGCCUACAAGUAUCUGAUGAUUUAUUUCUGCAUUUUCGCCAUCUUUUUCUCCGUUUUGGAUAUUCUCGUUCAGCCGGUGAGCCUUUUCGACUUUCAAAACGCUAUCAUCCGUAUGAUUUGCAGUACAUGCUGUCGGCGGGACCCGGAUUCGUAGUGAUCACCCGCAUUCACAACUCUUUUCUCGGAUAUUGGGGCGAAAUCACACUUAUCAGUAAGUUUUCUCCCGGUUUUUGGGGUCUUAGCAACCAUUUCUAGGCUCUCUUUGCGGUUGUUUCGGAUGCAUUCUGGCCACAAUCGCAAUUCACUUCAUCUACAGAUAUUUUGCACUUGAAAGGUACUCGUAACUUCUGGAAAAACGGUCAAAUACUGAUGAUUUAGAAAGGGAAAACUCAAGUAUUUCCAAGGCGGUUACCUGGCCGCGUGGCUCAUAAUUACGAGUAUUAUCGGUGUCGUUUGGACAAUGGUCACCGUUUAUUUUUGUGCUCCGAAUGAGACUACGAUGGAGUAUGCCAGGUAAUUUUUCACUAUAUCCGAUUCACACCAAAGACCGUAUGAAGAUUUGAUAACCUCUUGAAACAGUACAUGUUUUCAGAAAACGAAUAAAGGAGAACUAUGGAAUAGAUAUGGAAGAAGUGACGUACCUCGGAGCAAUCUAUUACGUGCGGAAUGAGCACGGAACAUUGGUUCCAAACAGUUUCGCACUCAUCGGAAUGACCAUUCUCUUCACUAUUAUGGUUAGUGCCAGUCAAUCCCUAUCCGUAUUCAGUUCAAUCGCCUUCAUUGUCCAAUUGCAGGCCAUUUCCAUCUCGAUCCUCGUCUAUUUCGCGUCCAAAUGCUACACUCGGAUCAGGAAACUCAUCUACGAGGGAGAGUCUUCUUUCACGAAAAAUCUGCAGAAACAGCUGUACAAGGCGCUCGUCGCUCAGGUUAGCAAAAUGGGCUCAACACUAUUGUAGAACCGAACAAGUUGUGGCCGUGGCCUAGAAAAUGCAGAUACGAUUUUGAGGCAGAUACAUAGACUAGAAGAGCCAAAUUAGAGCCCUGAACUAUUACGGUUUCUGCAUACUUACUUUGUUUUGUAUAAUGGCACGAAGUCAAUAACUGCUGCUCUCCGAUAAAAGCUUAUCCGACGUGUUUGAACUCGAAAUGUUUUAUUUGUGAGUAGUUUGAUGAACCCAAAGCUCCGUAUCACCGCCAACGCUAUUGGGUCGCUACUCAGCCAAAGUGAUUGCAGGCCUCGAUCCCGAUGUUCUUCAUUUUCGUGCCCGUCGGUCUCUACCUGACACUUCCGCUGAUCGGAGUCGAUUGGGAGGCGAUCGGCCAAAUCGUGACGUACAUCUACGCAAUGUACCCCGCUUUGGACCCUCUUCCCAUCAUUUUCAUCAUCGACAACUAUCGAUACGCUAUUCUCGGUUCGUUUCUCUCUUUCGGUCUCUAUCGACGGGCUCCAAUGUCGCUUUUGCAGAUAUGCUCGGUGUGUGCAGCACAAAGAAUCGGGUGAACGCGGAGCCGGACGAAGCGACGAGUGUGUCCCGACACGUCUCCAACUGCAGCUAA